GGGAUCCGCUUUAUUACUUAGUCAUUAUAUAUGAGAAAUAGGAAAAAUAGUAGAAAUAACAGCACAAACCUGCAAGCUGCCUUAUUUUCUAGGUACCUUUUUUUUUCCGAAAAGGACAUUUACAUUUUAUUCACUUUAACAUGCAGACGUUCUUGCAUAAAUGUGUCCUCUUUUGCGUUCUUCAUCAUGCCCUUUCCGCACCUGGUGUACUGGCUGAGGACGUUUCCAUGCGAUCUGAGGGCACCAGUGAAACCACUCCGUCCACAUUUACAGCAGUGCCUGUGGAUUCUGUUUCUUCUAGAGGUGAAAGGUCCCCUACCACAGAUACGAGUGCCACCUCUUCUGUAGAGGAUGCCAGUGUCUCAGAAGUCCCAGUCACCCUUACAACAACCUCCCACAAUUAUGGUAUAGAAACCAGCUGGACUACUGCAGAGACAACAAUAUCGCCACAAGCACCUUCAGAAACCGACUCGACGACCUCUGUGUCUACCUCUGAUCGAGUCACUAUGGAAACUGUCACAUAUGCUGCUAACCCAGUAGCGUCGUCUGCAUCUUCAGAGAAGUACAUCUCCACCCUCGUUUCCACCUUCAGUCAAGUCGCUAUGGAAAUGGUGACAACUCCGAUGCAUGACCCAGUAGCAUCUCCAGAAAGUGACUCCACCAAUCCUGUAACAACAUCUACUGAAGUUAAAACAGAAAUGGUCUCAAGUCCUACCCAUACACCAACAGCAUCCACUACAUCUUCAGAAAAGAAUUCCACUACCAUUGUGUCUACCUCCACUCAGAUACAAAUGGAAACUAUCACAACUCCAGCCCAAACCCAAACAGCAUCUCCAGGAAGUGACUCUACCAAUCUUAUGGUCACCUCUAGCAAAGUCACAAUGGAAAUGGUCUCAGACGCUACUCAAACUCCAACAGCAUCCACUACAUCUUCAAAACUAGACACCACGAUUCUUGUGACAUCCUCCAGUCAAGUCCUAGUCCAUAACCAGACAGCAUCUCCAACGUUUCCAGAAAGUUACUCGACCAGUCAUGUGACUCAUUCAGACAAAGUCACCACAGAAAUGACCACAAAUCCUACCUAUAACCCUACUGCUUCCCAUACAUCUUCAGGAAAUGAACAGACGGCCCCUGUGACCGAGUCAGACUAUUUUACAGAAAUGCUUUCAACUACUAAUCAUAACUCCAUGGCAUCUGCGACAUUUCCAGGAAAUGUUCCUGAAAUUCACUCGAGUACCUCUGACCAUGUCACCACAGAAAAAGUCAUAACUCCUACCAGCAGCCCCUUCCAUUCCUCUACAUAUGCAGGAAAUUACUUUACCACCACUGCUUCUGUCACUACCGCUAACUUGAUCACCUCUGGUGCACCACCUCAAAACUCCACUAACCACAUGACUACUUCUGCUCAUACCACUAUGGACACAGUCACAACCUCUGAUUUGAAGACCACAUCAUCCCAUUCCUUACCAGCAAAGGACUUAACCAACCUCAGCAGUACCACAGCAGAGUUAGGCACAUCCCCUUCUAACAGUUCUACAAUGUUUACCUCCCCCACCACAAGUGUACUUGUGAGAAGCUCAAACAGUGCACCAACACACAUCUACACAACUUCCUCUGAAAGUCGCAAUACACUUCCAGAAUCAGAAAACACCUCAAGUGGCACCAGUAGCCCUGAAGAAAAUGACACUACUGAACAGACGUCUGGUACCCCUGAAAGUAUGACAACACCAGAUACAGGAACAAAGCUCACACUGACAACAAGUCCUUCCUCUGCCAUACCCACGGAGUCUGAUGAAGGCUCCACUCAAGUCACGACCGUUGGAAACAGCAUCUCAACACCAUCCCCUGGCAUCACUUCCACCACAGUAUGGUGGACAGACUCCAGUACAACAUCCCCAAAGCAGAACAGCAGUUCUGCCCCGGUCGAGCCCAGUACCGCAUCAACCACCAACCCCGGCACUACAGAGGUUCCCGUCAAACCCGCAGGAUUCUGCAGCUCGAACCCGUGUCCGUUCAGCAGCAUCUGUGUGGAGCUCAGCGGGAACUUCACCUGCCAGUGUCUUCCCGGGUUCUUCUAUUCCACGGGCCGCUGUGAACGAGCCAGAGUCUUUCCUGGAGAUCUGCGUGUCACACAUCUGACGUUUGAGCCCAAAAUGAGCAACAGGACAUCUCAAGUGUUCCGGGACACGGCAAAGCGCAUUUCGGAUGCACUGAGAGAGGCUCUGAAAGAUCAACCAGGGUACGUGAAAUCCACUGUUCUGGAGCUAAGGAAGGGGAGUGUGGUGGCCUCUGUGAACAACGUGUUCGCACUUGGCUCCAACGCCACCCAGCAGUCCACCGCCACCGCCAUCGGCGCCGCCAUCCAGAACUGCAAUGGCACCUGCGGCCUGCUGGCCGCCGCGCAGUUCAGAGCUACCGACCUCUGCCAUCAACAGCCGGCUCCCUGCGACAUCAAGACCACCGCCUGCGUGUUCGCGAUCAAUGGUACCGUCGCGUGCACCUGCCGGGAGGGCUACGUCCCCUCCUUCUAUUCCAGCAGCACCUGCACAGCGUCCCUGCUGGCUCUGGUGGUCGUCUCCUGCGUUCUGGCUCCCCUGCUGCUCGUCGUGCUGCUCGCCUUCGUCGUCUACUGCCGGAGGGGGCCGCCGAGAAAGGCCGGAUACAGCAGCCCGCCGCCUGGCGAGGAGCUCCGGGCGACGUGGCCAAGCCAGGAAUUCACCCACAUCCCGCGUGCCGCUACCAACUGGGAUCCCGCCCCGAUGGAGAUGGUAGAGAACAGCCACCUUGGUUCUGAGCUCGACAAGAAGUGGCACAGCAACGGCUUGGUGGAACCCUAUGAAGUCUCCCCAGAGGACAUGAGGACCUUCAAAGGGAAAAACACGACGCGAUACUCCUACCUGAUCCAGGGCCACGAGAACCCGUACUUCCUCGCGGAAGAUCGCAGGACCAAAUGAAACGCCUCGUAACGUGGAGUUUGGAGAAGUGGGAGAACAGAGACUUUGCUCCCGGGCCCAUUUUGUACAGCAUCCUGCAGGUGAAAACUUUUUUUUUUUUUUUUUUUUUCUUUUUUUGUGAAAGAGUGCAGUGGAAAAGCAAGCCUGCAAAAUGUACCGCACGACUGUAAAAUCUGUGCUUUAUUUCCUACCAAAGUCAGAAGCACCGUCUGCAAACUCGAGGAACAAACUGACCCGCUCGGCAUUACUAGUAAUUCGUAACGGAGGCUGGAUUUCGGAGAAAAAUCCCAAAAAUAUCAGUUGGCCUGAAGAUUGUUUCUUUUGAAAUGAGCAAAUGAAACAAACAAACAAACAAACAAACAC